GGAAAAGAGGCUGUGCUUGCGUGUCCGGCGACUCGCUCACAAGUUGAUCAUUCUUUUUUGCCUUUCUUUCCUCCUCCACAUCAUCCCAUCAUCCCAUCCCCAUCCCCAUCUUCAUCCCCUUCUCCCUACUUCCUCUACCGUCCAUGUCCCUGCUCCUCUUCGCUCCCCGUCAUCCUUGUCCGGUUGGCUUCUAAGUACCAGCCCGUCAUUGCUUGACCACUAAACUACAGUACUACUUACUCGCUCUCCUUUCCAUCUUGUUCCUUCGCGCCUACCCUCCUUUCCUUUCUCCCGUGCUCUCUCGAUGAGUGUCCGUUGUGUUGCGCUUCAUCGACCGUCUGAUUGGUCCUAAGAACAUCGCCCUGCUGCAAGAAACCCGCUGGUCCUGAGCGUUGAUCUCCCUGGGCUUCUUUCCUUCCCGCCCCCCCAGCCAAGCAAUAUCUGUUCUAUUGCAUUUCCAGCACAUCCUCUCAACUAUGCGACCACCACGUUUGAUUCUUGUCGUCUUCUGCCUCAUCUUCCUCCCCAUCAUCCUCACGUUCUUUUCUGCUUUAACCUCCUCGCCUAGGGUGUCCACCCCCGAUUCACUCGCUGGUCGAGCGACGGGACUACACGCUCUCUUCUCCUUCAACAUCCCCUCAUCCCUGUUCCCGCCGUCCGCCAUCAUCAGCCUUACCGAUGACAACUCUACCUUUUUCCUGGCCCGACCUGCUGCGUUUGGCCCUCUGCUUCCGGACAAGGGACUCAGCGGCCAACUCUGGAUUGGCAGUGGCUUUGGGGAACGAACAACCGCCGGAGCGGAAGGGGAGCUAGGAUGCUCCGAUAUCCCGGGUUGGGGAGAGGGAGAUGGUCCGAAGUCGGGCGGAGGUGCCGAUAGUACAACUGGGAAGUCGGGGUCUACUCCUGGAAACGAGCCGACCGUGCCACAGAGCCAUCGUCAAGCGAUUCCCCAGCCGGAUAUCGACCUGCAGCAUGACUCUGGUACCAGAGCGCCAUCCCCGUUGACAAAUGACGGCACCGAUGACCAUCUCCACCACCCGCUGCCCGAGUCACAAGUACCGGACUCAGGGGCCAUGGAAAAGCACGGGGAGUUCUAUUCGAACCGACAAGCGGCCCAUGCUGAUAUCCAGUCAUUGCAAGAAAGUGCUGAGAUCAACGGCAAGGUCGUCCUACUGAGUAGGGGCGGCUGUGGCUUCUUGGAGAAGGUCAAGUGGGUCCAGCGGCGUGGAGGGAUUGCUUUGAUUGUGGGGGAUGACACCCGAGGAGGAAGCCUCGUCACGAUGUAUGCACGGGGUGAUACAUCCAACGUGACGAUCCCCGCCCUCUUCACCUCUCACACUACGGCACACCUGCUGUCAUCCUUAGUCCCUCCGCAAGGGGAGGACUCGGGCGCAGACGAUGGAUCAGGAACACACACUAAAAUAUCCACUCACGGCAGUGCCGGGAAACAACGCAUGGACGCCACGGCUACUACCUCUGCCACUGCGUCGCCAACUUCAAGUCACAAAGCAGUAGUUCACGAUAGUGCGAUGCCUCCGAAGCAGAAGCCUGGGCUCUUCCACGCUCUUCUGUCAUUGUUCGGUCUCAGCAACCAUGGUGGACCCGUCUGGUACCCACCAGAGGACAGUCGUCGCCCGCCAAGCAGCGGGAACAUUAAUUGGAUUCUACUAGAUCGCUGGGACGAACAGGAACCAUCACAGGAUGAUACCGAGCGAAAGACCUCCCGAACGAAAACCGAUGGCGUUUCCGAAGACCUCAAGAAAUCAGGCACCUCGUCGAGCAGUACUGACGGUGAUGGGUUCGUCAUUGGAGUACAGGACUGGAGAGAUCCAGACCUAGUAGUUCCGAAGGGCAGCGCCCUUCCGUCACCUACCAGCACCACCGACGCCGCCGGGAACAGGGUGCAUACUGGUGUCAAGGGCUCGCACCCUACGCCUGCGACUUUAAAGGGUGGCAGCAUCACUCCAGGAAGUGGCGAGUAUCGCACCGUCGAGAAGUCCAGCGUUGAAAAAGAGUCGAAGGUGGAGGACUCAAGUCACAAGUCUGUGUAUGAUGUGAAACCAGGAUCCUCUUCCCAGCGCAAUGGUUGGUUUGCCAGGCAUUUCUUCUGGGCAACGGACAAGCCAGGUCCGAGCCCAAGCUCCAGCGCCCAUGGGCAGAUUACUUCCGUAGACCAGAAGCUGCAUGAUGCGACAGCUCAGAACGGCCAGGGCGUGAAUGCCGCCGAACACGACGGCUUGUGGGUCACACUCACGCCCACGAGCAUGUCAACCAGCCCUUUCUUUGAUACCCUCCUCGUCUUGGUCGUCAGCCCAUUACUCACGCUGACCGUUGUUUACGUCCUGCUGUUGCUGCGGUCUCGUAUCCGGCGUAGACGGUGGCGCGCUCCGAAGUCCCUCGUUGAUCGCCUCCCUGUGCGAACUUAUCAUACCAUUGCGAGAUCGACCUCUUCCUCGGAAACGAGCUCGCCACGAUCCGUUAGCCCUGGUCCAGUGUCGCCAACCUCGCCAUUGUUGGGUGCGAAAAGCCGCUCAGGAGCCCAGUUGCCUGCUCGAUCCCAGCAAGAGUCACAUGUCUCGAAUGCGAGUGCGUCCAGGAUAUCAUCAUCGAGGAAGGGCAAGUCGGGGUCCACUUUGUGGCGACGGAAGUACACUGGUCGGCAAGUGGAAUGUGUUGUGUGCCUGGAGGAAUAUGUGGAUGGGCAGAGCAGGGUGAUGAGUUUGCCCUGCGGCCACGAGUUCCACGCGGAGUGCAUCACGCCUUGGCUGACGACCCGCCGGCGAACUUGUCCUAUCUGCAAAGGCGACGUGGUUCGGUCAAUGUCGCAGAACAAAGCGGCGGAGGCUUACGAGUCGGCAGAGCCGAUGAACGAGGAAGAGCACCACCCUGACGCAGAUUCUCAGCAUAGUUCAUCCUCAGCGCCGGUGCCGAUCAGCGGAGUGAGCGAAGACGAGACCUCGGACCUUGAGCGGCAUGCUGGCUCGGAAACAGGUCUUCUCGAGGGACAGGCAUCCUCUGCACCACCGAGUUGGAGGAACUUUGCAGCACUGAGCUAUUCUGCUCUUAGUGGUGAUACGAUCUGGCAUCAGGCUCAGACGGACGGCAGCCGGUGAACUGCGUUGUCUUGCUUUAUAUUAUUAACCGCCCCUGGUUCCUUUAGAUGUAUGUGAUCGUGGAGGUGGGGGUAUUCUGUCUUUGCAGCGUUUCCUUUUGUGAGCAGCAUUAGCGAUGUUUUGACACCGUCCUUGCUUGGUUGGCGUUUGAUGGAUUUUAUGGAAGCCGUAGCGACAUUGGCAGGAACAGUUUAGUUUCAGUUCUGCACUCACUUGUAAUAUUACCAGACCAUAAGCCUCCGGGAAUCACUUUUCCCACCGGUGCUUAGGACGUAUUCAUUUGCCUUGGACAUGAAUAUUGAGCAAAUCCCGAGACAAAGUUGGCACGUUCAACAGGUGAUAGUCUA